AUGUCCCAAUUCUAUCUUUACGUAUCAAGGAAGUAUAGCAAUAGUGCCGGCGACGAGUUCAUCCCCCUUCCUCAGGGUGAGAACGCAACUACUGCCGACUUCCACUCUAUCCGCACCAAGACUGAAUCCCCUGCACACAUCACUUCGGGAUUCUAUAAGAUCGAGGCUGGACCUGAGAGACCCGCAAGCUACACUUUUGAGGAGACUAAGUAUGUCCUCAAUGGUCAGAUCGAUGUUUUGGACGAGGCCACCGGGAUCACCCACCACCUAGUCCCGGGAGACUUUGCUUUUUUCCAUGUUGGAUCUAAAGUCAAGUUCUCAACCAAAUCUCGAGGGUUUGCCUUCUACGCCGUUACUCGACCCAUUCGAUCCCCACACCCUAACCUUGAAGGUCGGGAGGAAGGCAAGGCUAGGUUGUGA